UAUCGUCCGAUGGAAGAGGGCGGCUCGACGGUGGAGGAGGAGGAGGAGGAGGAGAAGAAACCAGGAGGAGAUGAAGGCGCCCCGGAGGAGGAGGAGGAGGAGGCGGAAGAGGAGGCGCCGACCCUCGGAGCCGCGGCGCCGCACCCCCCCCGCCAUCGCUGCCCACUGUGCCCCAAGUCCUUCGGCUCGCCCUCGCUGCUGGAGACCCACCGGCGCACCCACACCGGCGAGCGGCCCUUCCAGUGCCCGGUCUGCGGGCGGGGCUUCAACCAGCUGUGCCACCUGCGGCGCCACCGGCUCCUGCACGCCGGCGACGGCCUUGCCACCGCCUGCCGGGGCUGCGGCAAGGACUGCCGGAGCCCCGCCGGUCUGGCCAGGCACCGGUGCCGGCCGGCGGGCGAGCGCCCCUACCCCUGCGCCACCUGCGGCCGGGCGUUCAAGCAGUCCUACGCCCUGGUCAAGCACCAGCGGGUGCACACCACCGAGCGGCCCUACCUGUGCCCGGUGUGCGGCCAGGGCUUCGGCUACUCCAGCAGCCUGGCCGACCACCGGCGGCUGCACACCGGCGAGCGCCCCUUCCGCUGCGGGCAGUGCGGCCGCGCCUACGUCAAUGCCAGCCGGCUGACCGACCACCGGCGGGUGCACGAGCCGGAGCCGCGGCACCGCUGCGCCGAGUGCGGCAAGGGCUUCCACUACCCCUCCCACCUGGCCAAGCACCGGCGGGUCCACACCGGCGAGCGGCCCUUCCCCUGCCCGGCCUGCUCCCGGGGCUUCGCCACCGCCGCCAAGCUGGCCGCCCACCGGCGGGUGCACACCGGCGAGCGGCCCUACCGCUGCGGGGAGUGCGGCCGGGGCUACGCCAGCUCCAGCGACCUGCUGGUCCACCAGCGCGGCCACACCGCCGAGCGGCCCUGGCGCUGCGCCGACUGCGGCCGGGGCUACGUCAAGGCCCGGGACCUGGCCGUCCACCGGCGGGUCCACACCGGCGAGCGGCCCUACGCCUGCCCCCUCUGCGGCCGGCGCUUCGGCAAGUCCUGCAACCUGGCCGCCCACCGGCGCCGCCACGCCGACGAGCGGGGCUACAAGUGCAGCCUGUGUGGCAAGGCCUUCAAGUACUCGUCCAGCCUCUCGCGGCACCGCCGGGCCCACAAGGCCGUGGUGGCUGCCGGCGCCACCGCAGCCGGCGACGAGGGUGCCGCUGCCGCCGCCGGCGCCGGCGAGGGGGAGCCCGGUUGAGCUGGCAAAGCCGCCAUUGAUCCUCCCGCUCCCCCUCCCCCCACCACCGCCGCCGC